AUGGAGGGGUCAAAACCCCUGGGGCCCUGUGGACACUCUCAUCCCCAGUGUCCCCCAGCCCCAGCUCUGAGCAGUCAUGGAGGUUGCCUGGAUCAGCCCUGCCAGGGAUUUGUAGGGUGGCCCUUUCUGGCCCCCCUUCAAUCCACUCAGUCAUUAGAGACUUCCAGACUUUUCCCUACUCCAGGAACAGGGAAUGAGGGAUCCAGAGUGGGAGGAGAGGCACCUGGGAUGUUUUUGUCAAGUGAAGAAGGAGACAUGCCAAGACAGAGAGCUCGAGAGCCAGCAGGGUCCAGACAAGAAGUGGAAGCUGAGGUAGAGUGGGGUUGCCCCCUGCACCCAGGGCGUGAACAGGGGCCACCUAGGCAGACAGGAUCCCCCACCUUAGGACCCAGGUCCUGCCCAUGUCCAACCCUGCCUCCCGGAGGAGGGGUUACAGCCUCACCCAGGACAGCUCCCACACAGGUCCAGAGUGGGACACUGGGGCUUGCCGAGCAAUCCUUUCUACAGCUGGAACAGGAGAAUCACAGCCUGAAAAGGCAGAACCAGGACCUUCGGGAGCAGCUGGGGGCCCUCCUGGGACCAGGGCAGCAGUUCUUGCCUCUGUGUGCCGAGCACUCAAGCUGCACAGGCCUGGCCUGGUCCCCCGGGUCGGCCAGCACCCGGCCCCUGGAAGACAGGGCACCUGUGCAGCUGUUGCAGCAGUGGGAGCUCUGCAGGGGGGAAGAGUCCUUUGUGCAACAGUCCCAGAGUGAGCUGCAACAGAUCCGACUGUCCUUUGAGAGGAAGAAGAUGGCCAUUACUGAGGUGUGGGACGGCGUGGCUGAGGUACACAUGGCUCUGAACAACCAGGCCACCGGGCUCCUGAACCUAAAGAAGGACAUCCGUGGUGUGCUGGAUCAGAUGGAGGACAUUCAGCUGGAGAUUCUGGGGGAGAGGGCCCACUGCCGCACUCAGGCUAGGAAGCAGCAGCAGCAGCAGAUGUCAUGUAUGGAGAAAGGCAGGCCACAGCUGGGAUGUUCCGAGGGCCUAAAGGGCCAGCUCUGGCUGCUGGCCUUGAGGCUGCUGCUGGGUGCUCUGCUGGCCUGCACGGCGGCCUACGUGUACGUGGUGGACCCUGCACCCUUCGAGGGGCUGGUGCCACCCCUGCUGAGCCGAGCCGCCGUCUGGAAGCUCAGGGCCCUACUGGGUCCCUUCUUGCGCCUCGAGGUGGACGACUUCCUGCCUUUCUAG